AUGAUAGUUUACAUUAUACUUGGUGUAUUCUUUGAACGAAGAGCGAUAAACUUCGAGGCUGAAUUAGAUCAUUUCUUCUUGACAGCGUCGAGAUUGUGGGUCGAUGUCUUGAACAGCACGGACUGUUGUCAAGAUAAGAACCAUGUCAAGACAUGCAGACAAACCACGAUUCCACAAUAUGUAGACGGCGUCUUAUGUCAAUCAAAAUCGAUGUUGCUGGCCAAUGAACAACGAUAUCCCAAGGCAAUCAAAAUUGACGUCAGCGCAGAGAUGGUAGGCCAUGAAUGCAUCUUAACCGAAGAGCAUAAAACGACUGUUAUCAAUUUCAUUGAUGCUAAUCCCUCUGCUACUGUUGCUGAAAUGACUGAGCAUUUAUCGACGCAAUUUCAUGAUCUUAAAGUCUCGCACAGCACUGUCUAUAACUUUAUAAGAAGCGAAUGUAACCUUUCGUUGAAGAAAACAGAUUUUCAUUCUAUUGAGAGAAACAAUACAGCAAAGAUUGUGUUUCUUGACGAGUCUGCGUUUGAUAUUAAUAUGAAACGCUCACGAGCUUGGUCCAAAAAAGGUUCUCGUGCCAUUGUUACCAGACUCACUACAAGAGCAAAUACAACGUCUAUAUUGGGCAUUAUCUCCGCUUCAGGUUUGAUUGCAGUUGGCGUGAAAAAACCUAGACCUAAUAAGAAGAUGGAUAUUAAAGUUCAGGAACUGCCACAGGCCACUACAUCAGUUUCUUAA